GCUGCAGACACCUUGGCUGUGCGACAGAAGCGACGGAUCUACGAUAUCACCAACGUCCUGGAAGGCAUCGGGUUGAUUGAGAAGAAAUCCAAGAACAGCAUCCAGUGGAAAGGAGUGGGUCCUGGCUGCAACACCCGUGAAAUAGCUCACAAACUGAUCGAGCUGAAGGCAGACAUAGAAGACCUGGAGCAGUGGGAACAGGAGCUGGAGCAACAGAAGAUGUGGGUUAAGCAGAGCAUCAGAAAUGUUACAGAAGACGUGCAGAACAGUCGAUUAGCCUAUGUGACACAUGAAGAUAUCUGCAAGUGCUUCACAGGAGACACCCUCCUCGCGAUUCGUGCCCCAUCAGGCACGCGUUUGGAGGUUCCCAUCCCUGAGGGCCUAAAUGGGCAGAAGAAAUACCAGAUCCACCUGAAGAGCACCAGUGGUCCCAUUGACGUUCUCUUAGUAAACAAAGACGCCUGGAGCUCUCCUCCUGUCGUGCUCCCUGUCCCUCCCCCUGAAGAACUCAUUCAGUGCCAGGCAGUUGCACCCUCCAAACCGCAGGUACCGCCGCUUGCCCACUUCCAGGAGGCAUCUGUUCCCAGCAGCACCCAGCCCUCCACGCCGACACCCAGCAGCACCCAGGACCACAGCCCUCCCGCCCAGAAAGCCACGAGCACGGAGUGCAGUGUCUCAGCAGAGGAGUCCAAGAGCAGCGCCGGCGACUUCGACCCUCUGGGCAGCGCGUCCGCCCCGGGCGGGCUGGACACCCAGCCCCUGCAGUCCUCUGCCUCCCUGGACAGCAGCUCCGUCCUGCCCAGCCCCUCUACCUCCUUCGAGCCGAUCAAGCCGGACCCCACAGGGAUGCUGGAACUCCCCAAAGAGCUGUCAGAGAUGUUUGAUCCAACAAGAGAAUGCAUGAACUCUGAGCUGCUGGAAGAGCUGAUGUCAUCUGAAGUGUUCGCUCCCUUGCUCCGCCUCUCCCCUCCCCCUGGAGACCACGACUACAUCUAUAACCUGGAUGAGAGCGAAGGCGUCUGCGACCUCUUUGACAUCCCUGUCCUCAACCUCUGA